AUGGGGAAGCAUGUGGCGGUGCGUGGCUACGUGUCUUGUCCUCAUGACGGUUGCCGCUACAAGUGGAAUUGGAAGCGGCACACGACAUGCUGGCAGUGCGAAGGGCAGUGGACUCCUCCAGGGGCGGCAGCCACGGCGGCCACCCUCGGCGACGGCAGUGCCAACCCGUUCGCUCCCUCGACCGACCAGCUGUUCGAGGCUUUGCUGCGCCGCGCCCCGCAGCAUGGCGAGCGCUUGGCGGCGCUCAAGAAGGAGUUUGAGGACGUUCCGCCGCCAGCUGCCGCCGCCCCAGUCAAGCCCAGCCUCGAGCGUGAGAGAGAGGCACAGCGGCUGGCAGCGGCUGCUCGCAAGGCCGAUGAAGCUCUUGCCAAGGCGAUCGCUCACGAGCAGGAAUGCACCGACUGGCUGGCACGGGCUCGGGCGGCUGUGGAGCAAGCUGCGCAAGAUGCAGCCGACGCCAGGCUGGCCCAUGAGCAGCAGUUGGAGCAAGACCUCCAGCGCCUCAAGAGUCGAGAGGGUGCCGCACGUGCCGCCGCUGCCGCCGAUCCCAAGCCCAAGCUCAACCUGUCCAGCUUUCUCGACGAGGGCGACGAGCUUGGGCAACUGUUCGAGUUCGAGGACGGCGAGGCCUUCGACUUCGCCGAUCUGGACUUGGCCAAGGAAGACAUCGAGGCUUGGCAGAAGCACAAGAUUUCGUUGGCCCAGGAGAUCAAGCAGGCGAUCAGUGCAGCGAUUGGCCCAGCAGCUGCUCAACUGGGUGCUCGCAGACAACAGUUCAAGGAGUUCAAGGCGAGGCAGCUGCUGAAGGUAAAGAUCGUGGUGAGGAGCAGCCUGCAGGUGGAGACCAGCCUGCUGCCCCUGCCGCAGGAGGCGGCGGCAAGCGAGGUGCCCCCGAAGGCUAAGGCGUCCCAGGAGCGAGUGCAGCGGGUGCUGGCAGAAGCCAGGGGCAACCCGCCCUCGUCGGCGACCUACGCUGACGCUGCCGUGGAUAUUUUGAGCACGCUGAAGCAGCACAAAUGGCAAGGUAUUGUUUCUCCAGCAUACCCCACGACCUACGUGAAGAAGGCAGGUGGCAUCGUUCUGGGUACCCGUCAGCAUCAUUGUUGGUCCUCUUAUCGCCACUUGUCGGACGACCCUGACAACGCGAUCGGUUUAGUUGACGCCAACAGCAAGCAGAAGUUAUCGGGGCCCUUGUCCUUCAAAGAUGUGGUGGCGGUCGAGUGGAAGAUCGCCAGAGUCCCGUUGCUAGUGAUUGGUGCUUAUUUGACUGUCUCAGUGGGGUUGGAAGCACCCAUCAAUGUCUCAAAGCUUCUCACUAUUUCGGCGCUGUUGGACAAUCAUGCGGGGCCUUGGAUCAUCAUGGGGGACUUCAACGCUACCCCCCUGGAGAUGGCCUCAUGGAUCCGUAAGUGGAAUGGGCAUUUUUAUCACCCACCUGGCAUCACCCACACGUCCACGAGGGGCAAGGGGCAGAGAAUCAUCGACUAUGCUGUGGCUUCUCAGGACUUCUCUACACUUUUUCAUGAUGCGAUCCAGUUGGAUGCUGAGGGUGGUGACCACUACGGCAUGAUUUUGGAGUUGAAUGUUUCUGCACAGCAGUCUGCACGUCGAGUCUUGGACCUACCGAAGAUGUUCCUGCCACCGCUACCCACCAAGCUAAAGGGUGACCCCAACAGCAAACGGUCGAGAAAGAAAUUGGAGUUGGAGCGACGACGGCAACAACGUGCUCUGGAACACUCGGAGGAUCUCGAGCAAGAACUUCCUGAACCCGAGUCUGAAGACGAGGAGUUUUUGGCGCAACCUCAGCAGGCCAGCUCGUGCACGAAAUACCCAGAGGAGGCUCGCAAGUUUCUACAUCGAGAUUUUUUCGGCUUCGACUCCGAGGCGCUUCAGCAGAUGUGGCAGUCGCAUAUUUAUGACCACAAGAUUUCUGAGGUCAAGCCUGUAGUUCAGGACUGCCACCCAGCCAAGUAUUUAGAGUGGAGAGUUGAAGAUCUGGAUGAGCUUUGGGCCACCAUUGACAACAACACUCUCCAGCACUGUGAGUGGACCUUACCGCCAGAUUGGAUGCAAGACAGCCUCUCGUAUAAGUAUGAUCCCGAGACUGCUAUCGAGCUGGGAUCAGACUACGGAAGAUUUACGUCCAUUUUUGAGAAUGUUCUGUGUCGUGUACUUGAGGCUCUCAUUACGAUGGGAGCAUCAGCGGAUAAGAUCGCAGCAGCCCUGGAGCGUAAGGCGGCCAAGGAGAGUUACAGCGCUUUUCAAUCGUGGAUUCGGGAUUCUUUUGCUCAAGGCUGUGGGAAGUUACAUCGGUACGUCAAGCCCAAGACGCGCGUCGAGACAGAGUACCGCGACUUGAAAGGAAGUUCCACGAGCCUCAAGGAUAUUUUGGUCCAGAAGAGUCAGCUUUGGCAACGCAAGUGGGCUUCCAAAAUUUUGCCAGUGCAAAGGUUGUUCCAACUCCUUCGACGGGCUCACGCUAAGGCAGCAGCACAACCCUGGCCAGCUCUGGAGCCUGAGCAGAUCGCCAUCACAGUCAAGCAGAUCAACUCCAGCAAGGCCGCAGGCAUCGAGCAACUGGGCGGUACCCUCAAGUAUUUACCUCCAGCUGGCAUUGCUCACUUGACGUGGUUUUUGAAUGAAUGCGAACGUCGAGGAGGCUGGCCUUGGCAGAUUCAGACAGCUAUUGUUGCUCUUUUGAGGAAAGGCGCUGACACUGAUCGCUCAAUUGGUCUUAUCCCAGAUUUGAUACGCUUGUGGAGUUCAGCCAGACAGAUUUUUCCUUCUGAAUGGGUCGAGCAGAUGGCUGGCAAGUGGGACAAUGCGAUCAGAGGCUCUUCCUGCUUGCGUGUCGGUCUUCUACGAGCCCUUUCUGACGAAGCCAUCCGCAUGGGGCCCAAGCACACCGUCUCGGCCAGUCUUCUGUGGGACAUCGACAAUUUCUACGACUCGUUAGAGUACGAGCGCCUGUUCGAGCAGGGCUUGGCCCUGGCGCUCACCAAGGCUGGGGUUCUCUUGGGCAGGCUCUGCAACAAGGCGCACUUGAGUAUCGCUAGCAAGAGCAAGAUCAUCGCGGGGGACCCUGAAUUAGCAAAGGACAUUGCGCGCAAGUUGGCAAAGCACAACAUUAAGAUCACUGUAGCACAGAAAGCAGUCGAUUUAGGCACUGACAGAGGUGCCUCGACACUCUUUUACAGCUGGAGCUUGGAGAUCAAGAUCCAGCAAUCUCGCAGGUAUUUAAGAUGCUCGACGGCUGGAUGGCCAUUCUUGCGUCAGGAGCUGAAGCGCGAGCCUUUGCAGCACGAGAUUGGUCGCAGCACGUGGCUAAGGCUAGAGAGAUUCCUAAGCAUCGAUGGCGCAGAAUCACAGGCCCCACUAGAGCUGUAG